AUGAAGUGGCCACAUCGAUGGCGCCGUUGCAGCAGUUUUCUUGACGGAGAAAAGGGGCGCAUGUCCCUGUGCCACGUCGGAGACAGAUCGGGAAUCGAACAUGCCAUCCUCAGUGGAGGUGCAUCAGUGGAGGAGGUCGACAUCGAAGGGAAUACUCCGUUGCAUGUUGCCGUGGAGGCACCAAGAAAUGAAGUUGCAACGGUGUCAUGCCUGCUGGAGAAUAUGGCCAACCCCAACACUGUAAACUACAUUGGGGCGGCGCCUUUGCAUUAUGUGUGCCUGAGAAAAAGCAACUGGCGAGGGAUCGCCAACCUUCUCCUAGAAUACGGAGCAAACAUAGACUGCCAAACUUUGGCGGGGAAGUCUGCUCUCCACUUUGCAUGUGAGAAUCAGCUGCCCGAGCUCGUAGAGGUGCUCUGCCUGUUCGGUGCUGACCCACACUUGCUGGAUGUUCAGGCGAACACGGCCAUGCACUUAGCUCUGGCCAAGGAGGGUGGCCGAGACACGGUCAAGCGACAAAUUCUGGAGUGUCUUCUCACUGUCUCUGCCAACGUGGAGGUUCGCAACUUGAAGGGAAUGUCCCCCAUGCACCUGGCUUGUUCAACUGGUUGCAUACGGUGUGUUCAGUUGCUCAUGGAAAUGAAAGCAAACCCUAGCGCCUUAACAUCCCGAUGGGAAAGUGGGCUGCAUCUGGCAUGCACUUCCGGGCAUACAGAGGUGACACAGCUGUUCGUCCAGACUGUGCCACAAUUGAUAGAUGCCCAGGACAUUGACGGCAACACUCCGCUUCAUGCGGCGAGCUACACCGGAAAUCUGGACUGCGCCUUGAUUCUCCUCAGGAACGGAGCUGAUCCCGAGGUCAAGAACCAUGGGUCGCUGUCUGCAUAUGAUGUCUCUAAAGUCAAGGGACAGGACCUUGCGAGCACUCACAACCCUGAGCUCGUUCAGGUUCUCAAAGAAGCUCAAAAAGAGAAAGGCCAGGAAGCCGCAGAAACAAGCCAGGGCCAGGAUAUGAAGACGCAGACUGAAGUUACACACCUCUCGCAUUCAGAGACAGCACGACACAGUUGUAUUCGUUGCAGCCGCUUCGAGCGCUUGCUCUUUUUGAGCUGCCGAGAGGUGAUGCCUCGCGGCUUGCUCGCCCAGACGGUUGCUGAACAUGACUUUCUCUAUCACGAGAGCCGACGCACAAUUGCAGCGUCGAAGCUGACAUCCUUCCAAGCGCAAGGUGCGCCUGCGCAGGCGGUGGGUGCCGCCCCAGCUCCGAAAGUUCAGGGCGAUGCACCUGGCCCUGCACCAGACGCCCGAGCUGCAGCAGCAGCGAAGCCUGCAGCAUCAACACCACCAGAGCCGCCCCCUCCGGAGGUGAAUCAGGAUGUCAUCGCUGGGCCAGAAUCCGUCAGCAGCCAGGCCGCAGUGCAAACAAUCGCCGGUGGUCCGGGAAGGCCCUCCGGCGCCAAGGGUGCGCCGGACCACUAUGGGGGGCUGAACACCUUCCUGCUGACUGUCUCGGCGGUGCUGGUGGGAUUGGGCCUUGGCUACGAGAACAAGGGUGGUUGCAUCACACCUGCGGAUGUAACGAAGGCUGCGGAUGGCCAGAGGUCGACGUUCAUCCAGGAUCUCGGUGACAAGCCGUGGCGCCUGCAGCUCUUCCGAAAUCCGCAUUCUGCAGAGGCCUAUGCCCAAGCGAGGGAAUUAUCUUUCGACGACAGCCAGUGGAACGAAGUCCCCAUCCCGUCAAAUUGGCAGAUGCUGGGCAUGUCAGUUCCCAUCUACACGAACAUCACCUUCCCCUUCACCCCGGUGCCCGCUUUGAUGGCACCCUAUGUGUCGCACGACAAUCCUACAGGUCUUUAUCGGACAACGUUCAACGUUCCCAUGGAAAAUCUGCAGGGUCGACGUGUCCACCUCGUCUUCCAUGCUGUUGGCUCUGCGGUGAUGGUGUGGGUGGAUGGCCAGUAUAUUGGAUAUUCACAGGAUUCCAUGACUGCUGCCGAGUUUGACAUUACGGAUGCACUUAUCGGCAGCCAGCAGGCGGUCGAUAAACAAGGCACCUCAGCUACAGCUGCUCUAUUGUCAGAGCAGCACUUGCCAGACCGCACUGAGCAUGUUCUCGUGGCCAUGGUGCCAAGCUGGUGCGAUGGAUCGUACUUGGAGGAUCAGGAUCAAUGGUGGCUUUUUGGCAUCCAUCGUGAAGUUGAGUUGCAUUUCGUCCCCGAAGCCUGUCGAAUUGCAGACUAUCAGACUCGAACAUUCUUCAACGAAGAUGACGAUGGAAUUCUGCAGGUUCAAUGCCAGCUUACUGGGACAGCCGUCGGCAACAAGGUGCUAAAGGUCACACUGUAUGGAGAACGUUCUGAGAUCCUGGCAGCAGCGCGGGCCACUGCACCUACCAAAACUGACUCCAUGGAUGAUGGGCCUGGUUGGUGUGUGGAGGCAGAAUUACGCGUUCCGGGAGUGCGAAAGUGGAGCGCGGAGGAUCCCUUCCUGUACACUCUGCAGCUGGAGCUCACGGAGGCGUCUGACACUACGAUCCAGGCUGAGCGUUUGCGCAUUGGUUUCCGUACAGUUGCCAUCGUGGAUGGACAGCUCUGUGUGAACGACCGCCCGAUCGUGGUUGCAGGUGCGAAUGUGCACGAGAUGCACCCGACGAGAGGGAAGGCGAUCAGCACUGACGACAUGCUUAAGGACAUAGAAAUGUUGAAGCGAGGCAACUUCAAUGCCGUUCGAAACAGCCACUACCCGCAUCAUCCCAGAUGGUAUGAACUCUGCGACGAACAUGGGCUCUACGUGGUUGACGAAGCCAAUAUUGAAACACAUGGCUUUGUCGAGAACUUGGCCAUUUCACUUCUUGCUUGUGACCAGGCCUGGAGACAGCAGUUUCUGCAUCGCUUCUUCAACAUGUUCCAGCGGGCGAAGAAUCAUACCUGUGUCAUCGUCUGGUCACUCGGAAACGAGAGCGGUUGGGGGCCGAAUUUCGCCGCGGGCGUUAAGUCAUUGCACCGAUGGGAUCCCCAACAACGUCCGGUCCAAUACGAAGGGGCAACUUGUGGCACUGAUGCUGUUAUAUUCUUCGGAGAUGGACAAGGUGCAUCAAGUGACAUCAUCUGCCCCAUGUAUUGGUCACCACCGAUGAUCCUGCCUCCGGCAGCCAGCAGAACUCGGCCUGUCAUACUUUGCGAAUACAGUCAUGCCCUCGGCAACUCCAACGGAUCCCUGCACUCCUACUGGGACCUGUUUUGGUCUUCCGCACCUGAGCAUCGAUGCAUACAGGGUGGAUUUGUAUGGGAAUGGGCAGAUGGAGCGGUGAAGGUGCACAAAGCUCAGAUCCUGGACCCGGAUGUGAAGGGGAAGCACCAGCGAGAAGCCUGGCUUGAAGGCGAAUAUGCCUACGGUGGAGACUUCGGAAGGGAGAGUGGGCGACAAGAUCGCAACUUUAUUGUGGAUGGGAUCCUAUUCCCCGAUCGCACACCACAUCCAGCUUACCAGGACUUCAAAAGGCUGCAGCAACCUGUCGAGUUCCAGCUCAAAUCGCAAGAGGACUGUUCCGAGGGUCGGCUUGUCCGGGUGAAUGUCAAGAAUCGGUACACCUUCCGAGAUCUCGGACACUUGUCCUUUUCCGCGCUUGCUUCUGAUGCGCUCGGAGAGAAGUGCUUGUGCACCAUCCGCGGGGAUGCAGACAUGCGAGGUAUAAGUCCAGGAGAAUCACGGGAGCUUGAGAUUGUGAUGAAGACGGCAAGCCCUGAACUUCAGCAAUGUGGUCAGUGGCUACUUCUACAGGCUUGCCAGACGGACAGAUCACAAACGAUACCUGAGAAGUUCGUAAUCGCGGACGUUUGCUUUACAGUGGAUGUGCCCAAGUCGGAAACCAGCAAGCUGCCCGCUGGUGGCAUGCUUUGUUCAGGUUCUUUGCCCCCACUUUUGCACAUGCCUGCAGCGGGUCCAGCAACCUUGGACAGAAGUGGAGAGAAGUCCGUGAUCAAAGCAGCUACAUACACGGCAAGAUUCCAAGGGGGCACUCUGACAUCCUUGUGUGGCACUGACGGGCUGGAGUUGCUCGCCAAGCCUGGCUUGCAGCACAGCUUCACGCGUGCAACGACAGACAAUGAUCGCUGUGGUACGGAUUUUUUCGUUCCGUGGCUGAUCAAGGUACCACUCGUCAGGCACUUCUUGGAUUGUUACGGUUUCUUGUCUCUUGCGGCAUCGUGGAAAAUCGUCGGGCUGGAUCGGCUAACAGCAUCUGUGAACGAAUGUGAGUGGAGCAGUUCCGCCGAAGGUCCAAAGCUUCGCGUACGGGAAAACUUCAGUGCACUUGGCCAGCUCCUUCUUGAAACAUGCUUCCAGUAUGUGUUCGAGGCACAUCGAGUAGUGGUGUCAGUGACCGUGACACCAGUCGGACCCUUGACUGGUUUGGCGACUCUUCCCCGAGUUGGGGUAGACUUUGCUCUUUCGGCAAAGCUCUCAACAAUGACUUGGCUGGGAUGUGGCCCGGGAGAGAGCUAUCCGGACCGCAAGCGCGCUUCAGAUUGGGCCGUCCAUAGAAGCGACGUCGACACUCAGCAUGUGGACUACAUUGUCCCCAGUGAGAACGGAGGAAAGGCGGAUGUCCGCUGGGCAGCUUUCACUGAUGGUUCAUUUGGCCAUGGCUUGAUGUUGACCUAUUCCUGCGGCGAUGGUGAAGCGCAGCAGGACAAACCCGAAGAUGCUGCAUCCGAGAAGCGUCCUGCUUGCACACGUGGAGCACAACUGUCCGCAUCGCGGUGGACCCAGGAAGAGCUAGAGCGAAAUUCCCACCGCCACAAGCUGCCAGCGAGGCAGGCUUUGAGCUCAAGAGCAGUGAACGUUCACCUAGACACAGCUCAUGCCGGAGUGGGCGGAGUGGGUGAGGGGGGCUCCAGACUUUGGGCCACGGCCAAUCAUCACUGUAUGGAUGCCUGGCGGAAGUAUUCCAGCCGACCCCCGGAGGAGAAGAGAUCCUCCCAGGGCAGUGUUGCAAUCUCAGAAGUGCUGAGCUAG